GUAUGUGGGCUAGAUCAUCUCUAAAGUGGCUCACUACGUACCCCUGGUGAGAGCAUGCUCGCCACGCCCAUCUAAGUCUGUGCAUUGUGGGCAGCCAGCAGCCUGCGGUUGUUGCGAACUGCUGGAUUUCUGCACCCUCCCGGGGAAGCCCCUCUCCUGCACCUCUGGAUCUGAGUCAGUUGAGGAGAAGACCACUUCUGAACUUGGUGUUUAAGGUAUGACGGGGUCACCUCAAGGUUCUUGGGACUGAACUUGAGUCUUCAUCCUUGUGAGGCAAGUGUUUUAACCACUGAACCAUCUCCUCAGUCCCAGCUCCUUCCUCUAUCACAAGCCCUCUCCCACAGCGCUACUCCUCUGCUACUGAGGGCAGAGCUCUCAGCACUUAAUGACUGGACAAAUAUAUCAACAAACAGCGCCUUGGAGGAAGAGCACUUAUCUGCCUGACAAUUCCAGGUUCCAGUCCAUCACAGCAGGGAAGUCCAGGCAGCCAGAACUGAAGGCUACUGGGUACAUCACCUCCAGUGUCAGAAGCUGGGAACAGUGCACACACAGUUGAGCUCUGAGCUGUGUCUGAUCUCCAGGACAUGGCAGUCUCCACCACCAUCAUUGCCAGCCUUCUCCUGGUAGCCUGCAUGUGCUGCGUCUUCCCCACAGACUCUGUGACCAUUCCCUCUUCUUGCUGCAUCUCCUUUAUUUCCAAGAAAAUUCCAGAAAACCGAGUGGUUAGCUACCAGUUGGCCAAUGGCAGUGUCUGUCCCAAGGCAGGAGUGAUCUUCAUCACCAAGAAAGGCCAUAAGAUCUGUAGUGACCCCAAGUUGCUGUGGGUUCAGAGGCACAUCCGAAACCUGGAUGCCAAGAGAAACCGGACUUCUGCAGGUGCCAAGGCACGGGGCACCAGGUUUUCCAUCCGGAGACACCACGGCAAUAACACAGAGGGUUAGUCACCUCUCCUCUGUCCCCGAACCUGGACAUAGGUAUUGACGUCUUGCCAAGCAGCUUUGAGCCUCGCACAGCAGCUGGGAUGAGGCCUGAGUUCAUUUUCCACUCUCAGCAUUUCUUUUAGGGUUCUGCGAGAACCCGAGGGAGCUCCAAGCAUGCUAGUGACCUGGUGUUUCCUGUGCUGAGUGAGAAGGUUCCAUAUCCUGUGUUUUCCUCUUGUGUGGCUUGAAGGCGUCACCCAAGCCAAGGUGCAUAAGACCCAAGCACCUACAGGUGCACCUUGCUUCUGGGUGUACUUUGCUUCCGGGUGUACCUUGCAUGCAGUUGGCUUUGAUGGGGUUCUUGUCUUGGGGUUGGGCCUGAGGGUGUCUGUCUGUCCACUUGUGGGUGAAGAUCUAUCAAUAAUAGUAACUUCCAAGCAUGUUCCCACCUCCAGAACUUUGAACAAAUAAAAAUUCAGCUGAAA